UAUUGGAAAUAGCACUUCCACAAUGAAAUGUGAUCCCAGCAAAAAUAAACUUCGGUUGCUCGUUCAUUUUCAGUCGUUCUCACUUCGGGAUCCAGAAGUCUUUGUAAGUUACGGACUAUCUUACUCACAACAUGAUGACAUGCGUAGUGGCCUUUUGCCAAUCACUGAGAACAAAAAUGGGAAACAACGAGACUAUUCUUUAUUUUAGUGCUUUCUAUCACAAUUUCAACUUAACAAGUUCCUUCUGAUACUUUAGUUUAUUCUGCGCAUCAAAAUGUGAUUCGUUAUUAAAAAACAGUUGAUUGACAACGUUCACAUUUCGACUAAUUUUUCUGAAACUCAUUUCUAAACGCUUUAUUUUUGUUCCCUUUCUAACUCUUUCCUCCAAGUUCUAAGCCCAUCCAAAUCCCCCAUGAUGUUGUAUAAGUUCAGGGCCUCAUAAAAGGUGAUUUUGCAGCUAAGCUCUACAGCUUUCCUGUCUGGGAGCAGCAUCAAAGGGAGCGGUAGAGAUGAGUCCAGAUUACAAACAUCCAGGAAAAUUCAACUCUUAAACGACAUAUUAAUGUAAUAAUAUCUCGCACAAAGGCCGGAGCUGUUCAAUAGAAGUUUUACAAAAUAUUACUUCGCCAAGCGCGAUGCUGUUAAAAGGAUUUGUGAAAAGUCAGGGGAUUGAAUAUUUUGCCAAUUUUUAUGCUGCGCCAGCGAUAUUCUCGGGGCGAGGCACUUGUGCACCUUCGCGCGUAAAUGUAUGCUGUUUGUUGUAUCAUUCCUAUCCAUUUUCUUGAUGAAGGCAUAAUAAAAAGGGUCGAACACGGCUCGUGUUGCUUAUUGCAUGAUGAAUGAGUGGGGUAGCUAAUUAGGACCAAAGGAUGAAAGGACAGUCGGAUAAAGUUGUUUUCGUGUCAGCGGAUUUCCUAGAAGCGGCAAAUACAAAGAUGGCGGCAGACCUUCAGAAUCAGAUCUAUCAGAAGCGUCUGGAACUUCACACUAUAGUGUUUGCAGUGGCCUUUUCACCAUGUGGCAAUUUCUUAGCGGCGUGCAACAACUUUGGACAAAUUGCGGUUUUCAGCAUUACCUCUGCUCUAGCACCGGAUGCUUCAUCUGACAAGAAGAGACCAAUAAUAUUUUUCCAAGGUCACAGCAACCCAAUUUACAGUCUUAUAUCUACUGAUAAAUUUCUAAUCAGUGGUGGUUCAUCUGAAAUACAUGGAUGGAGAUGGGAUGAAAUUCUAGAUAAAACAGAGGCUCCUUCUCCUGCCUGGACACUGCAACCCCCUGCUGCCAGAGCAUCACUGGAUAUACCUGAAACCAAUGCUCUAGUAUUUGCUGAGCAGGAAGAUACACUCUUCUCAGGUUGUGGGGACAAUAAUAUUUAUCUGUGGGACCUUGAGUCGGGGACAUGUAAGAACACACUCUCUGGUCACUGGGAUUACAUUCAGUGCCUUACCCUCAGAACAAAACACAGUCAGUGCGUAAGUGGAGCAGAAGACGGCACUGUGAGAUUAUGGGAUUACAGAACAAAAGGAUUUAUGACUGACAUCAUUGAACCCUGCAAAAAUGAGGAUAUACACAGGCCUCAUUUGGGGUCUUGGAUAGGAUGUGUUACUGUUGAUGAGAGUGAAGACUGGCUGGUCUGUGGUGGUGGCCCAUCCCUGUCAGUGUGGCAUUUGAGGUCAAUGACUUGUACAAGUGUUCUGAAAACAGCUUCAAGUCAACAGUCUGCUCUUUUGCAUGAUGACCUUAUAUUGUCUGCGGGGUCAGAACCAACAGUGUUCCACUGGCAGAUUAAUGGGGAUCCAAAAACACAUGUUCCUUGCACACCAAACUCAGUUUUUACCAUGCAAAUCAAUGAUAAGUCUCCAAAGAAUAAGGUUCUUGCAGUGGGUGGCUAUUCAGCAGACAUUGAUGUUUUUACAAACUUUGGCUAUAAAGCACUAUCAUUUAAAUUUUCUCAUUAAACAAGUCCACUUUCAACUGUUGAUAAAUUGUGUUGCAUAGAAUGGAAAUAACCAUCAGACUGCUCUAUAUCUUCCGUGUAAAGAACAUCAAACAUUGCUAUAACAAGAAUUGGCCACAAAAUGCAGAAAAUGCGGCACAAAGUUUUAAAAUGUACACAACACCUAAAAUCUUUGUUAAGGGACUAGUCAUUACAUUCAUUGCUGGGAGGGGGGGAGGAAAUAAGGGGAACAAGUAGGGGUUGGAGGAUUUUGGUUGUGUCUUGGUUAAAUUCAUUUUUGCCACCUUUGUUAAUUAAUGAUUAAUUUGAUCUUUCCCCACUGGCAGUCAAUUUUCUGUAGUGCCCUCUUUUUAAAUUUAGGAGAUGAGCCCAUAAAAUUGGAUAAAGUACACAAGGUCAGAGCUUAUAAGUUACCUUCUUGGUAUAACUAUUCUAAGGCAACAAAUUUGUAUUUUUCAGCUGUUGUUUCAAAGAAGGCUAAUCACCCAACUGGAAAACUGCUCUGGAGGAAACUUAUAACACAUGUCCCCCCUCUCCCCCCCCCCCCAAUAAAUUCUUCUGCAACCCUCCCAAGUGAUAAAAUGAGUAAUGAGUGAUCCCCAAAGUUGCAUAUGAAAAAAAAGAGGUUAAUGAAGGGCAUAAAAGCGGGGAACAGAUAUGUUGGUUAUUCUUCGAUGUAUUUCAGUUGAUUGACUUCAGUAAAACAAAGGGGUGGGGGUGAUGGGCUUUGACAAACAAGCAUUCCUGAUAUGAGAAACUAGAGGGGGAUAAUAAUUGAGAUGGCUACAUAAAGGUUAACAGGCAGCACCAAAUAGCUGUUUACUAACACAUUCCAAGGGAAUUGCAUUCUCAUUUGGAAUAAAAAUGUACUUGAAACAAUGGUUUGAGAAAUAUCUUGAAUUUGUGAUAAGAAAUUUUGCCUGAACCCUUGUAAAAGCUAUUUGAUAAUUUACAUAAUUAUAUUGAACUUUAAUUAAUACACAGCAUUACAUGAAAUUUGUCUUUGUACACAAUCUUUGCUAUAUAUUAAGUUGAUACAAAAUAAUCAUUGAUAUUAAAACUGAUAUUUGAA